UUGUUUUUUUGCAGAGAAAAUAAAUGGUAUUUUCUGACCCCAAAUACUGAUAUAAUAUACAAUCUGUAUAUUAUACUGCUUGUACAUUUCUGCUCACAAUGACAGUGGCAGUCUUUAUCAUCAGUCAUAUGGUUGUAGACAUAUUUCAGACCCUGGUAAUGCUGUCAGGUCGUAAUUGCUUUAUGGUCACGAAUAGAAACUGCGUGAGAAAAGACAAAUAGCUCCAAAUUAAAAAAAAAAAAGAAGGAGUCACCUGACAAUUUAACUCCACCCUUACUUGAGUAACUUCAGUUCAGAAUUGUUCAUUAUGUUCAGACUCCCACACCUACCAGACGAAAUGGGCAAGUUUAAGUAUACUUACUAUUUUCUUUUAACUCUGAGCUUCAUUUCAGUUCUGUUUUAUGUGAACAGAGAAACAGAGGAUGAAAAAUAUAUCUAUGCCAAGCCUCAAGAUUCUUCUAAGCCAGAAAUGAAACCACGGCUGGACACUGAAGAAAACGGGAGAUGUGAGGGCAAGAUCCACACAAGCCCGAUGCCACCGAAGCUGACGCUCAGACAGUAUGCCAGAAAGAAGCUUGUUUAUGACAUGUGCAGCACAAAAACCAUAUUGGACACCAGAAGCAAAUGGCAGACAUUUGACCAAAUUCCCAAGUGGGAGUUGCACAAUUUGCUUGUAGACGACCGGCAUGGAAUAAUCUACUGCUAUGUUCCAAAAGUUGCCUGCACUGCAUGGAAACGGAUCAUAAUUGUUCUGAGUGAGAGCCUGAAGGUGCAUGGUGUACCUUACAGGGACCCUGCAGACGUCCCCAUCGAAGAUGUUCAUGGAUCCUCUCUACAGCACCUUAACCAAUACCCGAAGGUAGUGAUAAAACAAAAACUUCAGACAUACAAAAAGUUCAUAUUUGUCAGAGAUCCAUUUGUUAGACUGAUUUCAGCCUACAGAGAUAAGUUACAAAGCCCAAAUCAGAUAUAUUAUGAAACAAUAGGGAUGGACAUAUUACGCACAUUUGGAAAUGUCUCUAAUCCGCCAGCAUCAGUAGAGAAAGCCCAUGCUGAUGGCAUUGUUCCUUCUUUCUACAACUUUAUCCAUUAUAUACUGAGCCUCCCAGCAGGCAACGACACAGCAUUUGAUGAACAUUGGCGACAAACAAUUAACUUGUGCCAUCCCUGCCUGAUUAAUUAUGACUUUAUCGGGAAGAUGGAAACCAUCGAGGAAGAUGCUGCUCAACUGCUACGAAUUCUCCAUGUUGAUAACAUUGUCGACUUUAAACCAUGGGUCAAAAGUAAAACAGACCCACGUGAGAUUAUGACCUGGUUUGCCAACAUCCCCUUGGAGUGGAGGAGGAAACUCUACAAACUUUAUGAGGAAGACUUCAGACUGUUUGGAUAUGAAAAUCAUGAACACCUAGACGAUCUCCAUCUUGAAAACAUCAUCUAAAUUGUUUGUUGUGUUCUGUAGUAUGACUGUUUGUUCAUUUGUUGGGGAAUCUUGUGCUAGGACUUGACGUUGGUAACUUAGUCCCCUUUACUGACUUGAAUGGCAUGGGUGUUAUGGUGAUGGAAAAUAUUAUUCCUUGUUUUCACAUUACAGUUGAUCUGUUUUAAGCUUCAUCUUAAUAUGCCAACAGUCUAUGCAGAAAAUGUUUCUUGUUGCGUUACGUGAAAUGAGGUCCAAAGAUGCUAGCAGAGACCAUUUUAUGUUGUACUUAACCUUUUCACCUGAUACUAUUUUGUCAAGCCAGGUUUUGUGAUGGAUUUUUUUCUGUGGAUUUAUGCCUCACUAGAAUUUUCAUUAGUAGAACAAGCUCAAUAUUCACUCACCCCUUUCUUUAUCAGAUUCCUUUCUGAAAGGAUAUUGCUAUUUCUAGAGGAGCUUUUGUUCCAAACUUAUAAAAUGUAUCACUUGUCUAUCCUUUAAUGGUGUUUCCAGUAGCUCAUGGUUCAGUAGUACAUGGCUAAGUAAGUACUAAGGAAGUAAAUAAUAUUUAUUAUUAUUAUUAUUAUCUGUGGAACUAUAUUAGUGAAUAGUACAACCCCAAUUCUAAAAAAGUCGUGACGCUGUGUAAAAUGUAAAUAAAAACAGAAUGCAAUGAUUUGUCUCAUAAACCACUUCACAAUAGACUUCACUUUAUUCACAAUAGAACAUGUUCGCUAUGUCUGUAAUGUAAGACACCUAAGACAGUGCUACAGGGAGACAGAAAGGACAGCUGAUUAAAAAUAGCAGUAGUUGAAACUGCCAGUUUUAUCACUAUUUAUCUGUAAAAUAAAUAAAUUGAAAAAAUCAUGUCCAUACAGCAUUUAAUGUCAUAAACACCUUCAAACAGAUUUGUCAGAGAACAGCUGUUCGAAUUUACAGGAAAAUAAAGCUGUGUGUCGUCAGCGUAACAGUGAUAUGCUAAGUUGUGUUUCUGAAUGAUGUGACCAAGAGGAACAAAAGAGGUCCCAAAAUGGAACCAUGAGGAACACCAUAAGAGAUCUGUGCAUAAGAUGAGAAACGAUUUCAUACAGAAAAAGUUCUCUCCUUAAGUUAAGAGGCAAAACACUUCAACACAGGUCCCUGAAACCAAGCCACAUGAUUAAGUUCCUUUAAAAUGAUGUCAUGAUCUACUAUAUCAAAGGCUGCACUUAAAAUCCAGCAGGAUUAUAAUACAGCAGGAACCACAGUCAAGAGAGAGUAAAAUGUCAUUGGUAACCUUUAACAAAGCAGACUCAGUACUAUUUAGUUCCCUAAAACUAGACUGAAAUGUUUCAAAAAUGUUCAAAGUACUCAUGUAAGAAGAGUUCUGAGAAUAAAAAACUUUUUCCAAGACUUUUGAAAUGGAAGAUAGUUUGGAGAUGGGUCUGUA